CACCAACGUAGUGAGUUCAUAGACGAUUAGGUAGGAAAGAGAGGGUCGAAAGAAUGAGAAAAGUGGCCUUUUAUACGUUUCUUUUAAGCUUUGUGUCCUCUGUUUACUCUUCAAUUUUCAAUUGGAAGGAUGCAUUUUCUUAUCCUAAAUUUUCCUUUGAAUGGAGUCCUGAUGUUAUUACAAUAAGCAAAAUGGACGAAUUGAAAAGUCAGUUGUCUAAUGAAAAGCUUUGGACGCGUCUUCGCUCAGGAAACGAAGAGUAUUUCUGUAUUUAUCCCAAUAUGACAGCUAUAGAGCAAAAGUCACCGCUAGAGCAGCCUGCGCAUGACAUUGAUGAAUUAAGGAAACAAGGAUUGUCAGCAUUACAAACACUCAACGAACUCGUCGUAGUAGGGAAUCGCGGUUACUGGACAUAUGACUAUGUACACAAUCAAUUUGCUCGCCAAUAUCACUUGGAGCCUUCCCCUGAAUCCAUAAUACCCAUUAUAGAACCCUUAUAUUUUCUUGGAAAAGCUUCUUCACAAAAUGAAAGUCAACAGCUUUCGGAAGAGCAAUUGAUGGUUAAAUAUGAUGAAGGAAAAGCCUAUUUACAAACUACGUAUUACAACGGAACGAACUGCGACGUUACAAAUAAGCCACGCACUGUAGUCUUAAAUUAUGAAUGUGAAGACGACGACUCGACUCCAAGGGUGUCUCAGUAUCAGGAAGUGUCUAGCUGCUUUUAUUCCAUGAAGAUCCAUGUACCUGCUUUAUGCAAGCAUAAAGCUUUUCAACCCGUAGAUGAUAGUCCUUCUGAAAACAUCGUCUGCUACCGUAUUUACACGGGAUCAGAUAAUUACGUUCAUGCCGCUAGCAUAAAAUCGCAAGCGUCUGCAGAGACCAGUGCUCGCAGCCCUACGAAAACGAAUACUGAUGCGGAAGUAUAUGUAGGUCGGUCAGUGCAACCAACAAGCAAUCCUUCCGAUGCACAAGAAGAACUAUAAUAUUACCUUUCAAUUGUGUCUUUUGAAUUUCGUAAUAGAAAACUUGCAUAAUCAUUUCAUGUUCUCUUCGCUCUAUCACCUCUAUAUACAAUUCUCUGAGUUAAACCGUCAGACGCAGAACUAGAUUUCAUGCAGUGGUAUGAAUUUCUUUUAUUGUCGAACAACUUGAAUUUUGUUGUCUUUUUGAAACUUUGAAAACUCCGCUUCAAGCUCCUUGUAUUGUUCGAGCAGGGCAUCCAUUGCUUUUUGAAUCUUUUCAUGCGUUAGUAUUUGACCAAAUAUCUAAGCAUUUCCUAUUCACUUACUCCUUCUUGAUUCGUUUGUAACGCAGGCAUAACUGUUUCUACAGUCUGCUCGACCAAGACGCCGUGAAUCAUGCGAAAACAACGGCGAUCUUUAUUUAAGGGUUUUAAGGUCUCAUUUACCAGCCUAGUCGAUUUAAUUAGCCUUGCUCAUCCUCUGGUGAGUGUUCCCUUACUUGUGUUCAUCAGCGUCUGUUUCUAAAUCGACAAUCUUUUGUGCAAUCUGUUGCAAUUGCGACUUGUACGCGUUAUACUGGUUUUGCAAAUCUAAUCGUUAGAUACACAGAUUUCACUUCCAACAUACACUGUUGUCGACUAAUCUGCUCGGUCAUUCUUUCAGAUGAUGGAUUUUUGCAAAUGCUUGUUGCGUCCACGUACACACACUCACAUUCAAUUAGCGUGGUAAACCGAUCUCGAUAAAUGUUUAGUGCACCCUUAGAAAUAUGUUACGAGCUGAAUGAACAAAGGAUCGUUAGUAAACACUGAUUUGAAUGCAAAUCAUAUUAGAUAAAUAUUUGGUUGAUGGACGAAAGCGUGAAAUAAAAAGGAUUAUAAUGAAGUAUAAUCAAAGUAAUGUUUCUAUUGGAAAAAGAACCCUCACCAUUUACGAACACAUAAAAAUUAUACGUGAUAUAUACCAUAUUUAUAUUAUAUAUCUCACCAAAAAUCCUCUAUAGAAAAGCAAUCAUUUUUCUUCAUGAAAGAAUAAUCGCUCCUUAGAGAUUAAAUGUUAUUCGUAUUUUAAUUUCGUAUCGCAUUACUCCAAAUUGAGAAUUUUGUACAUGUCGCCGAGUAAAUAAAGACUUCCACAAACAACACUAAGAGGAUUUUGACUUCCUGCAGAACACAAUGAUUCUUUUUUAUUUUUUGGAUCAACGAGUAUGGUUCGAAUCUGUUUCUUGGAUAAAUAUUCUUGAAUCACUUUAGAAUCCAUAGAUUGAAUCCAAGGCAUCCCAUGUACGGAAGAAAAUUGGGUAACAUAGACCGUGUCCCCUGGAUGAACUAGUGAAUCUAAAAUGGACUUUGCAUCUUUACUAUUCGUGAAAGCUACCAUCCAAGAGACUGACUUGGUAGCAUUCUUUUCUCGUUGGAGAUUCACAAAGUUGGCCAGUUCUAUGGCCGCAUCUUGAUUGUGGGCUCCAUCAAACAAAACCUUUCCCACACCCGGAAUCUCUCGAAAAUCUAAUCUUCCAGGCCAAAUAGUGUUUUUUAUUCCGUUCUGUGCAUGAGGAAUCAUUAAUGGGAAGGAAGCCGUUAGCACAUCCAAAGCAUAUACACCGCAAGCAACAUUAGCACCUUGAUAAGAACCAUUCAAAGAAGUCUGGAAAUCAUUCGUUCCCCAAGAGGGGCUUGUGACACUCCAAGUCUGAGCCUGAUUUGUCUCCUUUGCUGAAGCUAAAUAAACAGGUCCAGCGUGAACUUCUUGAGCAACUUUUUCAAGCUCUCUUAGCACACUAGAUUUAUUAGUUAUAUCAAUGACACAAGGGACGUUCUCGCGGAAGAUUCCUCCUUUCUCUCGAGCGAUCGCUUCCAGUGUAUUUCCGAGAAAGGCUUCAUGAUCUUUACCAAUCCGAGAAAUCACAGAUAACAAAGGUGAUUCAAAUACAUUUGUAGCGUCUAAUCUACCUCCUAAACCUGUCUCAAUCACAGCCACCCGUACACCAGCUUGACAAAAGCAUUCGAAAGCAGUAGCUGUCAAGAGCUCAAAUUCGGUCGCAUUGGUACCAAAGCGUUUAUCGAUCUCCAUGACCCGCUUAUAACAGGUUUCAAACAUUUCUUUACUUGCGGCUCGGCCAUUCAUAUGAAUGGUAUCCCUAGGCUCAAAAAAGUGCGGACUAGUAUAUCGACCAGUCUUUAUGGCUGCUUGUAACAAGGUUGUAUAUAUAUAGCUGCAAAUACUUCCUUUUCCAUUUGUUCCGGCAACUUGAAUAGCACAAAAAGUCUCAUGAGGAUUUCCCAAAUGCUUUAGGAGUUGAACCAUACGCUGCAAUCCAAGCUGAAUUGGCAUGUUUCGAUAAGAAGAAGACGAAUUGAGUAAAUCAACCAGUGAAAAAUUCAGUAACGAAGGAAAUUAGCCUCCACGAAUGUUCUAACUUGAUGAAAUGCCAGAUUCUUGAAACACAAGAUCCCGAUCAAAAGGAUAUUUUAACAGUUCUUAAUUUAAAAUUAAAUAGAUAUUCAAUAGACUGAAUGAAUCGAAUUCUAAAC